AUGCACAUUGUAUUGAACCCAAGGGCCCUAAUACCACCAGAAUCAGCUGCCGGUAAACAGAAUGCCGCCACUCAGGCAUCUGCCGGCGCUAAGCCAAUUGGCUCUGUUCCGCCAGCUGCAAAAGCUGUUUCAUCACGCAGCCCAACAACACCAUCACCAGCGGCAGCGGUAGCCGCUAAACCAGCAGCGGCUGUGCAGCCACAUCCGAAUACUGCAACGCCAGCUACUCAAGCUGUCAAAGGUGCAGCAACUCCUGGUAACGGGGCUGCCCCAUCUGCACCAAAGUUGCAUCAAACAUCUUCUACUAAAGGAAACAAGCCACCAGCAGCACCGCCCCGUAUCCAACUAGAAAAGGAGACCAAAGAGCAAAUCCUUGCUGCAAUAAUGGAACCGCCAGGCGAAGACGAUAACAGCUCGUUGAUAAGCAUACAACCUUCGCAAUCUGAAGUGAAUAUAGAUGUACAGAAGAAACUACAAGAUUCGCCUGUGGUGAAGGCUUUCGCUGAAGCCGAGAAGAAGAAAUCGUCACAACAUUGA